GCCAAAAUGGAUGCAGAGGCACCAAGCAUUCCGCAGGCAACAACAGCACAAAGCACUCGGAAUCAGAAUCUGAAUCAUAAUCAGAAUAAUGGAAAGAUGACAACGAGUUUCGCACCAGCGACCGAUGGAUCAUCGUUGGCAACAGCAGCUAACCCAAAGCCAGACUCUGGCAAUGGGGAGGAUUAUCACCCGCCCACAAGCUACCUGGAGACAAUUGUGCAUCUGUUCAAGGGGAACAUUGGACCCGGUCUCUUUGCCAUGGGCGAUGCAUUCAAGAAUGGUGGUCUGGUUGUGGCACCGCUGCUCACCAUCCUGAUAGCCGUCAUCAGCAUUCACUGCCAGCACGUGCUCAUCGCCUGCUCGAAGAAGAUGAGGGAUCUGCGAGGGGACGCGGUCUGUGCCGACUAUGCAGCCACUGUGGAGAUGUGCUUCGAGAAUGGUCCGAUGAAGUUGCGCGGCUGGUCGCGCACCAUGGGUCGUCUGGUGGAUGUGUUCAUCUGUGUUACCCAGCUGGGAUUCUGUUGCAUCUACUUUGUGUUCAUCAGCACCAAUCUGAAGCAGAUCCUGAAAGCUUAUGGCAUUGAGAUGGAUGUGCAUCUGGUGAUGCUGCUGGCCCUGCUCCCGGUGCUGCUCAGCUCGCUGAUAACGAAUCUGAAAUGGUUGACGCCCGUCUCGAUGUUCGCCAAUGUGUGCAUGAUCCUUGGACUGGCGAUAACAUUAUAUUAUGCACUGAAGGAUGGCUUGCCGGAGGUGAAGGAACGCGCCCUUUGGACGAAUGGUAGCCAGUUGGCGCUCUUCUUUGGCACCGCCAUCUUUGCCUUCGAAGGCAUUGCACUGGUGAUGCCCCUGAAGAAUGCCAUGCGCAAGUCGCAACAAUUUGAGAGUACACUGGGCGUUCUCAAUGUGGGCAUGUUUCUCGUCUCCGUCAUGUUCAUGUUCGCCGGAUGCGUUGGCUAUAUGAAGUGGGGCGAGCAUGUCGGCGGCAGUCUAACCCUCAAUCUCGGCGAUACCAUAUUGGCGCAGGCGGUCAAAGCGAUGGUCUCCAUGGGCGUAUUGCUCGGCUAUCCGCUGCAGUUCUUUGUCGCCGUCCAAGUGAUGUGGCCCAGUGCUAAGCAGAUGUGCGGCAUCGAGGGCCGUUCCCUGAGUGGUGAACUCAUCUUUCGCAGCCUGCUUGUGAUCGUGACGCUUGCCAUAGCAGAACUGGUGCCGGCUUUGGGUCUAUUCAUCUCACUGAUUGGAGCACUCUGCUCGACGGCAUUGGCGCUGGUCUUUCCGCCGGUCAUCGAGCUGAUUGCUCACAGCGCACCCAGCAAGGGACCCGGCCUCUGGAUUUCAAUGAAGAAUCUCAUCAUAUUGCUUCUGGCACUACUCGGUUUCUUUACCGGCUCAUACGAGAGUCUCAAACAGAUUGUCAAACACUUUGGCGAGGAGGAGUUGCUUUAAUUAUUUUAUCAUUAGAAAUUUAUCAAAUUUAUAUAUAAUAAUAUAUAUAUAUAUUUAUAUAUAUAUAUACACGUAUAAUACACGACAGUUGUAGUUUCUAUAUACCAUAUAUA